AUGUGCUAUUGGUAUUCGGGAAAUGUAGUGCAGAACUGGGCAGCCGCCAAUCAAUAUUGCUAUGGAAUCGGCGGUACUUUAGCGGGCACCUACAAUAAAAGCAGUUUGGCACAAGUUGAAAAUUUAAUCACCGGAUCACUGUACUCAACUUGGACAGGUCUCACAAAAAAUGGAACCACCUGGGCUUUCUUUGAUCGAACCACAAACGCCUACUUGUAUCAACAAUGGGCAAAGGGAGAACCGGACAGUGGACACGGUGCUUGUGGAGCGAUUCGUAAAUCAUCGGAUCCAAAUCAAGACGGAUAUCUUGCGCUCGGAUGUCAAUAUUCUCAACCCUUCCUCUGCUCACAAAAGAUUGCCUCAUGUCCCACGCAGAACUUCACCACCAAAACCGGCUCCCUCAACUCGCCGAAUUAUCCAAACGCCUAUGCAAAUAAUGAGCUCUGUUAUUAUUAUAUUACAGCAAACAGCUCAAAUUAUUUCGUCAUCCUCAGUUUCGAUGUUUGGGUGGUGGAAAAAAAUUACGAUACUGUUGUGAUCUAUGAUGGAUAUUUCCCGGGACCAAAUGCGAUUCAAAUGGCCAACAUUACAAUAGAUCCAAGGAAUGACACCGUAUCGCCCUUCAAGAAUGGAUUUCAAACUAAAUCGAAUAUAAUGACGGUAAUCUUCUCAACGGAUUCGAUCAUCACGUACCCUGGAUGGAAAGCAUCAUAUAGAACUUUAUAUCGAACCGAUCCCGUUUACCAAAAUGGCACCACAGGCACAGUGACGAGCCCGAAUUACCCCCAAAGUUAUCCAAACGAUGUCGAGAUGUACUAUUAUGUGACUGGACCUGAUGGUUUUCAGCUCCAAGGUACUUUCACCGUUUUUGACACGGAAGUGAACAGGGAUUAUCUCGUUGUCUAUGAUGGACCUGAUCAAUUCUCGCCUGUCAUUGGAAACUAUUCUGGCUACACAACCCUUCCACCAUCAUUCAUCACAAAUGGAACAACAUUCACUCUUUAUUUCCAAACGGAUUACUCUGUGGCUUACAAAGGAUUCAGUCUUGAUUGGAUAAUUGCUUUUAAU